AUGUUCGCCACCAGCACCCGGUUCGGGCAGGUGGCUAGCAAUGGGGACUUUAGCUAUUUCUACGGCACCAUCGCACCGACGGAUACGCUGUGCGCGAAGAAAGUCGUUGGCAUCGGGACGAAAACGCCCGUGCAGGUGGACUACAGCAGCACGCGCCCGAUAACAGCUGUCAGCCUCGAUGCGUCGAACGUGGCGUACCAGGGCUUCAACGCGCUCGUCACCCGUGGAGCCAUCGGCCAGAGGGCGAUCACGUUCAGCCUGAACGGACCCUGGCUUCUGCCGUACUACAUCGAGCUGGAUUACUACUGCCGUGGUGCAUCGGACCGUCCCUGA